AUGGUCGCCGAUAAGUCCGACAACAACCUGAAGAGCAACGGCGGUGCGGAAAAGAAUAAGGAGCGCACCGCAGGCCAGUUCUUCUAUAUUGGAGAGCAGAAGGAGCAAGGAGACGCCUCUGCCAAGGUUGGAGCAAAGCUGUACCCUCUGGACUAUUGGGUAUUGGACACGGGCGCUGCUUGGACAAUGACGCCGCGCAAGGACCUGCUGGACCACGUACGAGCUGCACCGUUCAACGAGGUGUGCUCUGCCUCUAGACACGCGCUAAACGUGGCUGGUGCGGGACGAGCUGCGUUUAAGGGAGCGGAUGGCAAACCGGUGGGGCUGCACAACGUUCUCCUCGUUCCUGAACUCAACGCCAACCUCAUCUCACUCCGUAAGCUUGCCAAGGCUGGGGUGAGCACUAGCACGGAUGGGGCACGCACUUACCAGGGGCAGCUGGGCAAUCGGGUGCUUUGGGAUUUGCACGAGAGCAAGGACGUGUGCAGAUCUACGUGGCAGCUGCCGGCAUUGGCAUGGCACGGUGCGGGGCAGGCUGGAGAAGGGUCUGCAUCCCAGGGAGGGUGCAACACCAUUGGGCAAUGGCACACCGACGCUUGGGGCGAGCAAGAAGCCGUUGGAGCUGAUCCACAUGGACUUGGUGGGGCUGCUGCCGGUUCUGGGGCAAAAGGGGGAGCGACCCUUUCUGACCAUAGUGGAUGA